UAAUUCAACAGUAUCAGGCGAACUCUCUUACACUAAAGUACACGUGCACCCGUUAUUUCUAUCAAUCUUUUUUUACGUCAAGGCCCUUAUAUUUUAUUUAACAAGUGAGAUUUCGGGUCGUAAGUCGUGCUGUUUCCAAGAAUUCCUCUUUCUACGUAAUUGCUCAGCUUACGCUCCGGAGAUUGUGUGACAAGCCUAACCUUAGCACUUCGAGCGGCUGGCUCAACCUGGUGCUUGAAGGAAACGUUUUUAUCUUCGUUCUUGUGAUGAUGGAGUCGACAUAAAAGUAUGAAAUAUUAACUGAGUUUAAAAAUUAAGGGCCGUAAAUCUGAUUGCCGAGAGGAAAGGACGAGAAAUCACGACCGUGUAAACUUGGGCUAUCAAGAUGAAUUUUGCCAACACAUCAACAACGCAUCCACCCGUUACUUUGAGUUUUGGAGACAUCGGAAACACAACUUUAAACCGCGCUUUGGUAACCAUUACCUGCCUUUUAUCGCUGCUUGGGGCAUCAAUAAUAAUUAUUACAUACGUUGAAUGGAAGGAUAUGAGGUCGACUUCGAGAAGAAUCUUGGUUUACAUCUCCAUCGCUGAUAGUAUCGUGGCCGCAAGUUACAUCUUUGGCGCAUAUCUACCUCAAAACACAAACUCCAACGCUUGUACAACUCAGAGUUUUAUAUCCACCACCGCUAACUUAUGGUCCUUCUUUUGGACUCUUUUUAUGGCUAUAUUUUUGUACACGACGAUAGCUAUGCAAAAACCCAGCACGGCCUUAAAGAUGUUUUGGAUGUAUCAUGGCAUAGGUUGGGGGGUGCCAGUGUUUGUCGUCAGCUUUGCUCUGUUUGAGGGUGUUCUAGGGAACGACCGUGAUAUCUUUAGUUCUGCCUGGUGUUGGAUUAAGGUACAGGGUAGUGGAAAAAGCACUCAACAUCACAGCUAUAUCAUCUGGAUGCUUGUCACUGGCAAAGCAUGGGAAAUACUGGUCUUUGUUCUUAUUUUGAUUUUCUAUGGAUUGCUCAAGUGGCAUCUUCGCGAAGAGUUGCAUCGGAACGAAAGACAUCGGAUAAGAAGUAAUGCCCUAAAUGCAGCCAAAAGAGCUGACAAAAGGCUAACUUUUGUUCCUGUUAUUUUCCUAAUUCUACGGUCCUGUGGAAUGCUUCGCUUCUGUAUUUAUAUAUCUUCAUCUGAGGAGGAAUUAAAGUCAACAAAAACACUGAACAUCCAAGAAGUUUUGGUUUAUUUGCAGGGAAUUGGUGAGAGUGCACAAGGAUUCGCCAAUUUUAUAUUCUUCUGCUUGCUUACCAAGAAAUUCCAGGAAAAUUCACGGAGAUUGUUUUACAGACACUGCCCAUGUCUUGAGGAGAUCUGGGAAUACGACGCUACCAUAGAGCCAACCGAUCAGAGUAUUAAUCCAGCGGAUGGCUAUAACAUACUUGAUCUUGAGAGUACAGAAAUGAAUGAAACCGUCACGCUAUCUCGAACAUCUAAUUUAAAUACAAAUUAUCUGGCCAUAACCUAAAGCUGAAGCCUUCUUCUGUCACCGCCAUGAAGUGGCCUGAGCAUUGAGUAGGGGAGAGAGUUUCUACCAGGCACCACCCGUCUCAGACUCCUCACCUCUAUCGAUCGUCUCAGACGACUCGUCAACCAUUUAACUUACCUAGUAUUAUUGUCCAAACCCUGGAAUUUUUUAAUCAGACUUAAGCAGGCGUGGUUUGAGAAAAAGCAUAAUUUCGCGAGUUUUCCAUGAUCUCACUUUUAAAUAAUGUAAUCAGAACAUUGGGUUAGAUUUUGAAAUUGAUUUAUUUGGACGAACAAUCUUUAAUAGUAGCGGGAUUUUCAUGAUGAAUAAAUUGUGGUGGUCAGUCAAAUGUGAUUAUUUAAGUCUGAUUAUGAAAUCAGCGUAUCAGA